AUGUCAGAAGAGUAUGAUUCUAGUACUGAUAACGAGUUGAGGGAUGAGCUUAUCGAUCUGGAACUUGGGAGUAAUUUUGCUUCUCAAGAAGACGAGGACAGGCGUUAUGUCAGAUUGAUGUUGGAUCAUUCAGCAUUUGUUCGUGGAAUUGGAAAUAUCAAACGGUGGUUCAACGAGGAAUACAUAAAGCAAAACUUUGAUAACUCAUCGGACCAGAUUGUUUUGAACUUAUAUAUACCGUCCUAUACAUUGCACGAAUUUGAUUUUGCGAAAAAGGGCACCUCAAUUUCAGCAACUAAUGCUAGAGAGGCAAUUAAAUUCAUUGACAACUAUUUGGAAAACAAAUCGGAUCUCGUGAAUGGCAAUAUCAGAUACGUUAUGACAUUAGAAGCACCCAACGAGAUACCACCGUCAUGGCCCAAAUGUUCAAAGUAUAAGCUUUAUUCGCCAAAACUUCUGGACUUUCCCAAUCACAAAUCUAAAUUUGAUUCAAACCUUAUUGGUGAAACACAACACAAGGAGUCUCUUCUUCUGCACCGAGAGAGUGAAAUAGUUGACGAACUAAAUGAUGUCGCGUCAUCAGAGUCAGCUGCAGAAAUGCCAGCCAGAUUGAAAUAUUUAAUACGAACAUGCAUAUAUAAACGGUUUCUUGAAAAAACUCAACCAAAACCCAAAAACAAUCUAGAAGAGUGGAAGUUAGUAACGGAGGACGCAGUAGCAAAAGUGUGGGCAAAGUCAUAUGGGAUACAGUGUGUGAAUGUCAAUGAAGCGGAAUUAUUAAUUUUCCAGAAUUAUGAUGUUAAUUCUUUCAAAAUUUAUAAUCCAUUUUCGGCAAAUGAGGGUUUCGAUCCAAAAAAUGACGUUUUGCAAAAUAAAAUUGAUUCGACAUUGUAUGAGUAUAAAACAGUAAAGCAAGCACCACCUAAAGUCAAUGGUAAGCAUAGAUCGAGAAAAUACAAAAGAAAAGAUACACCAAGCAUUCCUUACGAGGGCGUCGUCCACGAAGAAAAAGACAACAUUGGGAAGAGCAGUACAAUUAAGAAGGAGAAAUUUGAUGCCAUCAAUUUUGCACCAAGAGGGCAAGGCAAAUUAUGGAGUCCAUGA